UCUGCCUAGACAUGCCUCCUCCUCAGAGCCUUUCCCAAGUACACUGUCUGAAGUAGAUGACUCCAGCCCUGCUCCACAUGCUCUCAGUUUAUUCCUGUGCAGAUUUCUUUUGGAGCAUUUAUCACAAUGGUUCUAGGACAGAUGGGAAAUAUGCAGCAUGACAUUAAAUGUAGACCGCAAUCCAUUAAAAAGAAAAUCAAGAGAUUUCUGUUCCGUCUUAGACUUCCAGCCAAGAAGGCUAUUAAAAUAUCACCGCUUCAAGUGUUUCCGUGGAAGAAGGGCCAGGCUGCAGUCACAAGGCCCUUUGCGUGAGAAGAGGCUUCCACAGGGAGAGAUGCUCGCCGUUGCCUGGGAUGUUAUUUUAAGAAAGCAGAAGCAGCAUCAUUUGCACACUCCUUAUAGACACACACCUUGGCCCUGGCUUUCUGGCUUUAGUGUUUCAAAAGUGAAGACAGGAUGAAGAAGACCCACUUGCUUCUCUGGGGAGUCCUGGCCGUUUUUGUCAAGGCUGUCCUUGCAACCGGUGAUGAUGAAAAGAUCCUUCUUGCUGACAACAAAUGCAUGUGUACCCGAGUUACUUCCAGGAUCAUCCGGUCCACCGAGGACCCUAAUGAGGACAUUGUGGAGAGAAAUAUCCGAAUUGUUGUCCCUCUGAACAACAGGGAGAAUAUCUCGGAUCCCACCUCUCCACUGAGAACGAAAUUUGUGUACCAUUUGUCGGACCUCUGUAAGAAAUGCGAUCCUGUGGAAGUGGAGCUGGAUAAUCAGGUCGUUACUGCCAGCCAGAGCACUCUCUGCAGCGAAGACAGUGCUGUUCCCGAGACCUGCUACAUGUAUAACAGAAACAGGUGUUACACAGCUAUGGUCCCACUUAGGUACCGUGGUGAGACUAAAAUGGUGACCACAGCUCUGACCCCUGACUCCUGCUACCCCGACUAGUUUGGGUCGUUGCUCACCCUGCAACUCUGUCUUUAGGAGCUCUCCAUUUGAACCCAGAAGUUAUCCUUACUGCGAAUGAAUUUGAAACCAGGGUUUUUUUUCCUUUUGGAUGGUAUAAAACUAACAUUCCCUUAAAAUAGUUAAAAUAUCAACAUUGCUGUCAUUAUUAUGUAAUUCCUUCUCGAGUCGAAGUAUUAAAUCCUCAUGCCUGCCUGAGGAGGUAUUUUCAAGAGUUCAUUUUCUAGUGUUUAAAAAUGUCAACAAGGGGAGAAAGUAAAAUUCCAAGAGUAAAAGUCAAGAGACGUAAUUAAAUUAAAUCCCUUUUCUUUCUUUCUUUUUUUUUUUUUUAUUUUUCGAGACAGGGUUUCUCUGUGUAGCUUUGCUUGGAUCUCGCUCUGUAGACCAGGCUGGCCUCGAACUCACAGAGAUCCACCUGGCUCUGCCUCCCGAGUGCUGGGAUUAAAGGCGUGCGCCACCACCGCCCAGCUCCUUUUCUUUCUUACUUUGCCAUGGAGAGCUGGAACUUCUGCACAUUCUGUACUGUUCUCUCUCUUAUUGUCUCACUGUGUAGAGAAAACAUACACAUAAACACAGGGCAAUUAUAUAUCUUUACUAGAAGCUGUGAAGGACACGUUUUGGAACUAUUUACAAAACCAUUUUGCUGAAAGUGACAUGAUUUGAUGCACAAAUGAAAACAAUGUAUUUUCAUAUAACACAGACUUGGCACUUGAUUUUUUUUGAUAAAUUUUUUGACAAUCAGAUUAUUGCCUGAAAUUCUUAGAGGAGUCUUCUGUGUUGCAGCUGAGUCUAAUGAAAUUUGUAUUCCUAAAUAUGUAUUCUCUAGCACAGUUUGAACAAUUAAAUAGAUUCAUAAGCAUAUAUA